AUGGCAGAAUCUGCGCGCAAGAAGCACCGCUUCUCACCAGAUGCCCAAGUUCAGGACACGCCGAGCAACAAUGCCACUCUACAACCCAUAACCCCCUUCCGCCGUGCCAUUAGCGCUGGCCCCACCCCAGGAAGCCGAAGAACACCACUCAUAAGGACACCGGGAACUGGACGAACACCUAGAGGCGGACCGGCCACUCGUCCUCUUACUUCACGGCGCAUUGCGCCGACCACGCCGCAUGCGAUACGGGCCCUAAGGGAAAGAGCCAAUGCAGCUCGGACACCGGGCAACAACCGGAGAAGGAGUGGGCGUAUCCAGAGGGAAACACCGCGUGAUCUACUACGUGAUCUGAGUAGAGCGCUUGCUCGUACCAGUCGUCCAGUCGAGCCUUCCCCGCAGGUCCUGCCCCAACGCCCACGACACUCUGCCUUGGACCUGCCAGAUGUUGAAGAUGGCCCACCAAUGGCUGCCCCGCGACUUUCCAUGCCACUGGAGAACAUGUAUGACGACGAUGACGACAGUUUCCAUAGCGCCCCGCCACGGCAAUCGCUACUACCAGACCUACCGGAUGAUGUGGAUGGUGGGACUGUGCAAUCCCUCGAGUUUGGAAGGCGAGCCAUUAGUGAAGAUCCGCGCUUGAUGUACGGGGGGAGGCAAAGCGAAAGAUUUGGAGAUUUGAGUGAACUCGGCGCGGUAGAGGAAGAGUUUGAAGUAGAUGGGACUUUCAUCAAUCGACGCGCAGAUGGGCUGUUUGACCAAAAUAUCGAGGAAGAUCUAGACAGAGACGAUACAACUAUACAGGCACUGACUGGCCGAAGAGACGGGCGCACUAGCGAUGCCAACCUGGGCAUAUUUGGCGAGGGAGACGAUGACACAGAGGAGCCCACUUUCCGCUUCAUGAUACCCGAUCGUAUGCGUGCGCCACCCCGGCAACCUUCACCAGAAGAGCAAGAAGUUCAGGAAGACAAUGUACCAGAUAGCGAGCCUGUGGAGCUCCCAGACGACACAGAAAUACAAUACGACGAGGAUCAAGACCCAACUGCGGCUUUGGAGGACGAAUAUCUUACCUUGGAUCAAGACAAUCUAGGAUGGGAAUCCGACCCUCCUGUAGAUGAUGAUGCCGAGCUUGCAGCCUACCGAGAAGAGGAAUCAGCAAUCGAUCGGAGUCUCCAGACACACUCACCCGAGCGACCUUCCGCGGAACAGUUAAAGGGGGUGCAGAAGGCCAAGGAAUACAUGGUUUCAGAGCACGGUAUCGGCUUUCCUUCGUUCCCCGCGGCACCAGUCAAGAAACUUGCUCUCAGUUUUAUGAAGUCACAAGGAAGCAAAGCUCACCUCAGCAAGGACACUCUUGACGCCCUUGUCCAUACAACCAACGACUUUUUCGAGCAAAUCAGCAUUGAUCUCGCAGCCUAUGCACAGCACGGCGGACGGAGGAUGAUUGAAGAGAGCGACGUCAUCGCACUUAUGAAGAGGUAUUGUUACAUCUAG